AGGAGCUGGUGUCCCCUGGCUGCGGGCGGGGGGAGCACGGGCAGGACCCCCUGCCCGCCCCACAGGCAGCUCCCACUUCCAGGCUGGCGCUGCGGCCCAGCGGGGCCGGUUCUGGCCCCCCCGGGCUCCCCACCCCCCUGGGAAAGCCGGGCGGCUCCCGGGGCUCCGUCCCUGCUGCCAGGUGCCCAGCCCCGGGGCCUCUCCAAGUGUCUCCGUGCCAGCCGGGAUCCAGCAGCUCCUCCGUGGGGCUGCAGGUGCCCCGGCAGAGCUGCGCCCCCCCCCCGGCGGCCCCCGCCAACCCCCGGGCCGCCCCCCGCCACCCCCCCGGCCUUGAUGAGCUGCGUGGAGCCCCUGCCGAGGCAGCCGCCCCGAGCAGCCCCGGGCAGCCUGCAGACACCGGUGGUCACCAACCACCUGGUGCAGCUGGUGGCAGCGGCCAGCAAAGCUCCCGGAGCCGCCCCCCGUCUGCCGCCGCAAGGCAACGCUCGGCGGUUCCCGGGGCCCGCGGGGAUCCUGCCCCAGCAGCACGGUGCGAAGCUCCCGGAGGAGAUCCUUGUCUGCGCCCCCCGCACGCCGGCUCACGGGGCUGCGGCCAAGCGGCGGUCGGAGGGGUUGCCCAGCUCCUCACUGCCCACAGAAGAGGAUUUUGGGAAGGGCCCCUGGCUUGCCAUGAAGACAGAGAUGGGGCUGGACGAGAGGGACCCCGGCUGCUUCCUCAGGACCUACAGCGUGGUCAUGGUGCUGCGGAAGGCGGCCUUGAAGCAGCUCCCGAAGAACAAGGUCCCCAGCAUGGCCGUGAUGAUCAAGACACUGACCAGGACCAAUGUUGACGCUGGUGCCAUGUUCAGGGACCCGACAGGAGAGAUGCCGGGGACGGUGCAUCGCCUGCUGCUGGAGGAGAGGCAGGGCGAGCUCAGGCCCGGCUCAGUGCUGCUGCUGAAGCAGGUCGGAGUCUUCUCCCCAUCCCACCGCAACCACUACCUCAACAUCACCCCCACCAACCUGCUCAGGAUCUACCCGCCGGAGCCCGAGAGCGGCUUCCUGCGGCCGCCGCCAGCACGGCGGGAGGUCCAUGCCCAGGCUGGGCCGCUCCAGGACCACCCUGCACCGCUCCCCGGGGGUGUCCCUGCCCCUGGGGCCUGGGGUCAGUCAGGGACGGGCAGCACAGAGCAGGCUCCUGGGGGCUUCUCCCUGCACCCGCAGAGCCCCAGGCCCAGGCGAGAUGAGGCAGCGGGAGCUGACGGCUGCGACACGGAUGACCUGGACGGGCUCCUGGGAGAGCUGCCCGAGGAUUUCUUCUCUGCUGCAGCUCAAGCCGACUGCUGCUGACCCCGGGGAGCUGCGGCACAACCGUGGCACCAGGGAGACGGCUCCUGCCGGUGCGCUCUGGCUGCACCGCGGCCCAGCGAGGGCGCCAGGCGGGCAGGCGCUGCCCCGGCCACGCGCGUCCUGCCUUCUCUCUUGUGUUUGUUGUGGAGCAAGAGCCGGGGGAUCCCGGGGGUGCUGCGGGACACGGCCGCAGUGCCUGUCCCCGCUCCUGCGGGCGGGCUGGUCCCUCCCUGCUUCUCCACCUGCAUUAAAGGGCUGUUCUGUCCCUGC